AAGGAGCUUGGCCGGGGCAGCUAGUCUCCAGGGUUCUAAGAUGGCGAAGGAGAACUCCGGCUUCUCCACCAUCCCUGAGACGCCGGUGAGUGAGGCGAAGCCCCCGCUUGGCUCCCGCCCGUUCAAGGCCUCCGCACGGCUCGGGGACAACGAGCCCGAGAAGGCCGUGAAGAAGAAAAGGCGCCAGCGGUACGUGGAGAAGGACGGCAAGUGCAACGUGCAGCACGGGAACGUGCGGGAGACCUACCGCUACCUCACGGACAUCUUCACCACCCUGGUGGACCUCAAGUGGCGCUUCAGCCUGCUGGUCUUCAUCCUAGCCUACGCCAUCACCUGGCUCUUCUUCGGCCUCAUUUGGUGGUUCAUCGCCUAUUGCCGUGGCGACCUGGACCACCUGGAGGACCACACCUGGACGCCCUGUGUCAACAACCUCAAUGGGUUUGUCUCGGCCUUCCUCUUCUCCAUCGAGACCGAGACCACCAUUGGCUAUGGUCACCGGGUCAUUACAGACAAGUGUCCCGAGGGCAUCAUCCUGCUGCUGCUCCAGGCCAUCCUGGGCUCCAUGGUCAAUGCCUUCAUGGUGGGCUGCAUGUUCGUCAAGAUCUCCCAGCCCAACAAGCGGGCCGAGACCCUCGUCUUCUCCUCCCACGCGGUGGUCUCCCUGCGCGAUGACCGCUUGUGCCUCAUGUUCCGGGUCGGGGACCUGCGCAGCUCCCACAUUGUGGAGGCCUCCAUCCGGGCCAAGCUGAUCAAGUCCAAGCAGACCCAUGAGGGGGAGUUUAUCCCCCUCAACCAGACGGACAUCAACGUGGGCUUCGAGACGGGCGACGACCGCCUCUUCCUGGUCUCGCCCCUCAUCAUCAGCCAUGAGAUCAAUGAGCACAGCCCCUUCUGGGAGGUCUCCAGGGAGCAGCUGGAGAAGGACGAGUUUGAGAUUGUUGUCAUUUUGGAAGGGAUGGUGGAGGCCACAGGGAUGACCUGCCAGGCCCGGAGCUCCUACCUGGUGGACGAGGUGCUGUGGGGACAUCGCUUCAUGUCCGUUCUGAGCUUGGAGGAUGGCUUCUAUGAGGUGGACUACAACAGCUUCCACCAGACCUUCGAGGUGCCCACGCCCAGCUGCAGUGCCAAGGAAAUGGCUGAGGCCACGGCCCGCAUGGACGCCCACAUGUACUGGUCCAUCCCUAGCCGGCUGGACGAGAAGGUGGAGGAAGGGACAGAGAAAGAAGCUGGGGACAAGGAGAGGAACGGCAGCUUGGCCAACCCAGAGAGCGAGUCCAAGGUGUAACGGGACAGUGCCGAGGUGGGAAGAUGGAGCCAGCCGAGGCCAAAGCGUUCAAGCGUAGAAUGGGAGAUUGGGGGAUGGCAGAGGGAGGAGACUCGUGAAGCGUCAGGUGCUCAGGAAGGAGGGAUGGAAGGAAGGAGGAGUGAUAGCUGGCGAAGGAGAUAGAAGAGUGAGCAGGGAGGCAAAGGGAUGGCAGAUGUACCCAGUGACUUGGGUCUCUAAAACAGGGUAAAACGUGUAGUGGUAGCAACUCUGCAGCGAUGGUGGGGUUGUGUGCCGGGGCUGUCUAUGCAGGUAAUAAAUCAGAUAUUUAUACACACACGUCUAUUUUGUAGCUGUACAGAGCAAUGAAUGAGGCCUGCUCCGUGAAGGAGCAGAAGGAGGGGUUUUAUAGCACGGACAUGGAUUGUGGAGGCGCGAGGGCGGGCGGGCCAUUUGAGAGCCAACGGGUGGGGUGGAAGAGUGGAGCAAAGAGCCAGAUGGAUGCGUGAACGGGACAACAGAAGCUGCCCACCUCGUGUGGGGAGGGGGAGGGAUGCAUGCAUGCUAAGCCGCUUUGGAAGAAUGGCCCUGCAAGCGGCAGGGUGUGGAGCAGCUGGAGGGCGGUGGAGGCACGAGGGACCGGCUGCACUGGCCGUGGGGUGGAUGGACAGGGACAGGGCUGUGCACUAGAGCACCUGCAUAGCUGGAGAACAGGCGGGGAAUGUCAAGGGGCUUAAUAUAGCGAUAGAAGAGCAGGAGAAAAGACACAUGGGGACGAGCUGUGUUCAGCCUGGCUUGUGAGGGGCAACGCAGCGAGUCAAGAGAUUGAUCCAAAAAUGAAAAUCGUGGACAGGAGGGAGAAUCGUAGCAAAGACCAGGACGGGCUAUGAGUGGCAUGAUGUCAGGUGACCUGCGGAGCGUCUCCCAUGCCCGGCUCUUCCCUCACUCAGACACACUAGCACCCCCAGUGCCCCCGAGCUUGCUGUCUCUCUCGCUGUCUUUUAAUAAAAGGUUU